AAUCGGGCAUCGCUAGCGACUUCCGGGAAUCCAGCGUGUGCUGAAGUCACACGUGCGCUAGUUCACAGCAGAGCGCGAGAGACACAUGCACUCCGUCAACUUUACUAAAUUAAAGGUACAGUUUCUCUCUGUGUCCUAGAGAAGACCAGAAUAAGCGCAAGAGCGUGUUUUUCUUCAACGAGCAUCUUUGUAGGUGUCAGUCAUGGGCAGGAAGCUGGACCCCACCAUCAAGGUGAAGAGAGGACCUGGACGCAAGGCCAGAAAACAGAAGGGAGCAGAAACUGAGCUGUCCAAAUUUUUAGUUGAUGAUGAUGGGCCAAAAAAACUUUCAAGCAGAUCAAGAAAACGAGCUGUAAAAAGAGCUCAAGUGACUAAAGAACCCAAACAAGAGGAAAAGCCUAAAAAAGGAUUCACAGAUGAGAAUAGUAAAUGGCUAAAACCAGCGCAGAGGAAGCGAAAAAUUGAACAAUCUGAAGAAGAUGAGGACAGUGACAGCCAAUGGGAAGAAGAUGAUGAUGAAGAGGGCUUUGAUAAAAAGGAAAUGGAGGAGGAGUAUGAUGAUGAUGAAGAUAUGGUUGAUGACUAUGGUGCUGAUGAAGGGGAUGAAGACAGUGAUGGAGAAGAGCUUCUGCCAAUUGAGAGAGCUGCAAGAAAACAGAAAAAACAGACCAGCAAGAAACCAGAGAGUGACGACAACGAUGAGGAUGGAGAAGAUGAUAAUGAUGAUGAAGAAAAGGAUGAUUUAAAGGACGAUGAGGAGGAGGAAGAGGAUACUGUACAGGCAAAUAUCGAUGAAACUGAACAAUUCAAACUUCCAGCUGCAGCGGAGCGAGCGAAGGAGGGUCUUUUAGCGAUGGACCUACAAACCAUUCAUCAGAGGAUCAGAGAUAAUGUGGAUGUGCUGUCUCACUUCAGUGAGAAGAGAGAAGAGGGUAAAGAGAGAUCGGAGUAUCUCUCUCUGCUGCGCUCUGACCUCUGCACCUACUACAGCUACAAUGAGUUCCUCAUCAGUAAACUCAUGGACCUUUUCCCUGUCUCUGAGCUGAUUGAUUUUCUUGAGGCCAAUGAAAUCCAGAGGCCAGUCACCAUCAGAACCAACACCCUGAAAACCAGGAGGAGAGACUUGGCUCAGGCUCUGAUUAACAGAGGAGUGAACCUGGAUCCAUUGGGGAAAUGGUCUAAAGUGGGGCUGGUUAUCUAUGACUCUUCUGUUCCCAUUGGAGCAACUCCAGAAUAUUUGUCAGGCCAGUACAUGUUACAAGGUGCAUCAUCGUUUCUGCCUGUAAUGGCGCUUUCUCCCCAGGAGGGGGAAUCAGUGCUGGACAUGAGCGCCGCUCCAGGAGGAAAGACCACAUAUAUGGCUCAGCUCAUGAGGAACACAGGCAUGAUUGUGGCUAAUGACGCAAAUGUAGACAGGCUGAAGAGCGUAGUGGGAAACAUCCAUCGUCUCGGUGUCACUAAUGCUGUCAUCUGCAACUAUGACGGCAGACAGUUCCCCAAGGUGAUGGGAGGUUUCGACCGAGUACUUUUAGAUGCUCCUUGUUCGGGGACAGGAGUGAUCUCCAAAGAUCCAGGAGUAAAAACUGGCAAAGACGAGGCUGAUAUUCUUCGCUCAGCUCACCUGCAGAAGGAGCUCAUCCUGUCUGCUAUUGACUCCGUCAAUGCUGAUUCUCCAACUGGUGGAUACCUUGUUUACUGCACAUGCUCUAUUAUGGUAGAGGAGAACGAGUGGGUGGUGGACUAUGCUUUAAAGAAGAGAAAUGUAAAGCUGGUCCCCACUGGACUAGACUUUGGCAAGGAGGGAUUCAUCAGAUUCAAAGAAAGACGUUUCCAUCCAUCUCUCAAACUGUCUCGCCGAUUCUAUCCUCACUCCCAAAACAUGGAUGGAUUUUUUGUGGCCAAGCUAAAGAAGCUGUCUAACGCCAUCCCCAGCGCACCGAGAGAAACAGAAGAUGAAGAAGAAUCUUCAAAAACGGAGACAGCAGCCUCGAUCCAGAAUCCAGAAUCUAAGCAACAGAAGCUCAAUUCAACGCCAAAGAAAAGCAACAUGGGAAAGAAGCAGAAAUUAAAACCGAAAAAAUCUGAGACGCCCAUCAUCACAAAGAAAGCUGGAGUGAAACCUGAGAAUAAAAAACCUGAUGGUCCCAAAAAGGCCAAAAUUGCUAAGUUGGAUGGUGAAACAUCCAAAAAGAAUGAGAAACCUAACAAAAUGCAGAAGGUAAAGGAACUGAAUGGAGAUUCAACAAAAGAGGUAGUGAUGGAGAAGAAAGAGGAGAGCCAUUUUGAGAAGAAGAACAAAAUGAAAAGAAAGAACUUGUUGAAGAAGAAUACAAACAGAAUGGGGAAAAACAAGUUUAGGAAGUUAAAAAGUGUGGUUGGACAGUGAAAUUCAGUCUCUCAUUGCAGUGUAUUGACAUGGACCUGUAUGUUCAGGACUGGGAUCUUCAUUGACUCGACACAAGACAUGAAGUUAAACCAAUCCCAGCUUGCUGUCAGGGACUUAAGCAUCAUCCUUUAGAAAUGUACACAAUGAUUUUGUGUAUCUUGCUUCUCAAGACUUUUGUUAUGAAAUGUUAUAAAUGUAUAUUUCAUUGUCCGUUUUUAUGGAUUUUGUUUUGAAAAAGAAACAUUUAACUGAAAUACUGCAAAGGGAUGUGAGUAUGUGGUCUGUUUUCCUGUAAGAUUGAGCUUUUUUCUUACAUCUAUUAAAAAGAAAGAUAAAAAAAGGGGUUUGGUGUCUUAAAAAGUGUAGUCUGAAACGUACUGAGGCGAUAAGCAAACUAAAGUUAUUUUAGUUGUCUUUAACCUGACCUUUCCUUUUAGCUUUUCAGGAAGUCACCUCAGAAAUCAGAUCAAAAACUAUUGAUGUAGAAGUGAAAUGUUCCCUUGAGCCUGAGUGCAUCACGACUGCUAUUCAGCAGCAUCUAUUGACUCCACUUUUCACAUCGCUUCGCUCCCGCCAUAGAACAUUAAUCAGUGCGCAAAAAGUUUUCUUCGGGUUCAAAUGGCUAAAAUGCUCAGCAGAUGAAGUUCAGCAGUGUGCGAUCUAUCUUUCUUCCCACCCGUCUGGCCUGGUGCCUGUGUAACCAUGGUAACGUACUUAUCGCAUCGUGAAGCCCUGAGCUAGUGCUCUCUGAACUGCGAUGCUUUCUCUGUGCUUGCAUGAAAUCCUUCUCUCCCUCCAUAAAAGAUGGCCCAGAACUCCAUAAUUAUUGCCACUUGUUCCUCCCAAAGCGGUUCUGUUGAAAUGUAGCACAUGUGUAGGCAAAGCGUUUAUUUUAAUCACAUUGCAGUCAUUACAUGCAAGGAGAUUAUUUAAGGUUGUGGCUGAAGGCUAGAUGAAGCAAUUCAGCAGACUUGUGGGUAAAGCGCUUCAGAUCACACUAGUUUGACACCCCACUGAUUAAGUGGCAUUGUAGAAUGGUAAUUAUAAUGAUCACCUUGCAGAGGUAGAGUUAUCCAGUCUAGAUUUUAUGAGAAAUACUUCCCUUGUUUUGUACUGUUCAGAAAAUCUGGUUGGUCACUGACAAUGACAACAUGCAUUUCAAAUCUAAUACAUCCAGACUACAUGCAUAACUCAACAUAUUAAACAAUGGUUGUGAAGUAUGUGCUUAUUCAA